AUGGAUGGCGGCUCGCGUAUGGAGCAGCUCGACGAGGAGGAGGCGGAGGACUACGAAGCGGCGCCCGAGACACCCGUCGGAGGCGCCGACAGAGACGGCGGCGGCACGCGAGACAACCUCCCCAUCCCAAUCUUCGACGGGAGUGGCUGGCGGGACUUCUCGCGGCGCGUCGAAGCCUGGCAGCUGGCGACCUCCCUCAGGUCCGAGCGUCGCGGCCCAGCGCUCCACGCUAGGCUGCAGGAUGAUGCUUGGGCCGCCGUCGAGGACAUCGACAUGCAGAGGCUCGCCGAGCCAGGAGGGCUCGAGUUUCUGAUGCUCGAGCUCAAAGACCGCUUUGAGGAGCAGCAGAUACUGCGACAAGGAGAUGAGCAGAUACGUACGUUCAAGAGGAGGUUCAACAUUCUCGUGCAUCGCCUGGCCAAGCUCGCCGCGACGUUGCCCGCGAUCGUGCUCGGAUGGUUCUUUCUGAAGAAGCUGCGGCUGCCGAGCGAUCGACGGGCGAUGGUGCUGGCCAGUGCGAACAAUGACUACGAUUUUAAGGCGAUGUCCGCGGCGGCCGAGAGAAAUUGCCCCAAUGUUGCCGAGUUCGACCGGCCAGGCGGCCGCGGACAAGAUCAGACAUUCAAGCCCAAGAAGUUCCGGAGGUUCGCCCCACGAGGUGGGCAACAUCGUGCCAUGCACGCCGAGCCCGACGACGAGGAGGUGCACGACCCAGGCCAGGACUACCUACACGACCUGGGCGAGGACGAGUACCAAGCCGUGGAGUCUUUCUUGGCGAACGGUGGAGACCCUGCCGACCUCCCGGGCCUGGAUGAGUUCGAGGGCGACGCUGGCGACCAGGGGCCCGGUGACGACCAGGAUGAGACCAUGGCGGCGCUGGCGGAGGCGUACGUGGCAGGUUUUCGUGAGAGCAACAAGCGUUUCCAGCAGGAGGAUAAGUUUCGAAUGAAGUUCACGAGUGCAAAGUUCAAAAUGAAGGAUUUCAAGAACCAGCGGGGCUACCCUCCGCCAUCAGCACCGCGUCAGGUUCAACGAGACCCCAAGAGGCAGAAGGAGAUUGGCGACCUGAAGAAGAAUUCAGUCUGCAAGGCCUGCGACCAGCGAGGGCACUGGAAGGGCGACCCUGAGCCGAUGUUGGCCAUCCAUGACAGCGGCUGCGCGGAGGCGGAGCCGCGCAGGGUCAUGACACCUAUUGGCGAGAAGAAGCCGAACACUAGCUCGGGCUUCUACUCUUCCCUGGCCCUCUCGUUCCCGGUGUUCAUCUUCGCCUCCUUCGAGGAGAUGCGGAGGCGCGUCGGGUUCGCGAUCUAUGACAGCGGCUGCACCAGGUGCGUGAUGGGCUACAACAUGCUGAAGCUGUGGGCGGCGCUCUUGAGGCGCUGCACGCGUGGCCCGAGGUGCCAGCGGGUCGACGAGAAGGAGCGGUUUCGGUUCGGAGCUGGCGACCCGGUCUGGAGCACCUUUGCAGCGCUGAUCCCGAUAUGUGUUUCACAUCGUAUUUCAGGCAUUCUGCGAAUCAGCAUUGUGCCGGGCGACCUGCCGCUGCUCUUUUCGAGGCCAGCAGCGAAGCAGCUCGGGAUCCGCGACGACCCGAGGACCAGCACCUUCAGUUUUCCCGAGGAGCUGGGCGUGCCACCCGUGCCGGUCACAGAAGCUGACUCCCUGCGUCCGCUGCUUAACUUGUUUCAGUUCCCAGCAGAAGGCUGGGUGGCGCCGCCAGGAGCAGUCUUGGACGAGACGGUUCAGCAUCCAGAGGUGCCGGGCCAGGUCCAGGACAUCAAGCAAACGCUCAUGGUCUACAAAAACAUCUUGAUGAAUGCGGCCCAGGCUCUCAUGGCACCCAUGCGCGGCGUAAUGAUCAGCAUGGGCUACCGGAAGUGUAUCAUCUCGAGGUUGACUCAUGUGAGACCGAUUCGGAAGGGGAUCACUCAGAUGACGAAGGCGGAGUUGCGCGCGGAGCUGCUGACCAUAGGAGUGGAUACCUCGGGGAGCGAGACGUGUGCAGCCCUACGGGAAAGCCUGCGAGCCACUCGACCGCCCGAGGAGGCAAAACACCAGAAGGGGGGCCCCAGGGCAAAGCUGGCGUCGGGAUUCAGCAAGCUCAAGAAGCCCGAGGCCAUCGCUUUCUGCCAGGCUGCAGGCAUCGCGUUCGACGGGGCGGCGGACGCCCUGAAGCUCAGGAUCAAGGCGUGGGCAGCAGCAGAAGGUCCGAUGCCAUCAAGCGCCGUCUCCGCGAAGUCCUUGCUGGCUUCGGCUACUCCUUCGAGAAGGUCCGUGCAGUCGAGCAGCGCAGGACCACCCCCGAAGGCAACUCCAAGCACGCCUCCCAUGGCGAGGGAGAUCCAGGCCAAGGUCAAGAAGCGAGGUCCCCCGAGUACGUCAUCUCACAUGAGUCUGGACACCAAAGAAGAUCGCUUGGCACGGAUUCGGACGGCACCGACUCGGACAGCAGUGACGACGCCAGUCCCGGCGGCGGAGGUGGACUGGGACCCGGGCCAGGACCUCGCGAGAGUCGACGAGGAGAGCGACGAGUCCGAGCUGAGCGAGGCGGAGACCGAGUCGAGCGCGGCCGAGACCGACCAGGACAAGGAGCUGAUGAACCACCUCGAUCUCGGUUUCCAGCUGGUCAGCUGCGCCAAGGCCGCGGGGGGGCCCGCCGCCAAGGAGGUGCGCGUCGCGGUCGACGAGGACGGCGCCAAUAUCAAUUUCGUGGAGAUCUGGGGUGGCAAGGCCGCGGCAUCGCGCGAGGCCGCCCGUCGAGGUUUUCGCGUCGGCCAGCCCUGGGACAUCGAGUACGGCGACGAUCUCAAGAAGCCGAUUGUCCAGCAGCAGCUGAUCGACUUCGUGGAUCGCGAGAAGCCAGACUGCCUGGUGCCCGAGCUGACCUGCAGGAUUUGGAGCCACAUGCAGAACCUCGUGUUCAAGGGGGACGAGCAGCGCCUGCGGCGGGCGCGGCUGAAGGAGCUGCCGACGCUGAAGUUAGUCGAGAAGCUCUUCGGGCUGCAGUACGAGGGCGGACGCAUGGCUGUGCUGGAGCACCCGUGGCUGGGGCAGUCUUGGAACGAGGGCCCUUGGAAGAGGCUCAGACAACUGCCAGGCGUGGUCGAGUUCCAGACUGAUAUGUGCGCGCAUGGCCUCACCUGCCCUCAGACCGGGAAGGCAGUCAAGAAGCCUACGUGGAUAUUGGCGACUCACGCACCUUUUGAGAAGCACUGCGGCUUGCGGUGCACAGAGGACCACGACCACGCGGAGCUGAAGGGCUAUGGCAGUAAGGGCAUCUCCUGGAGCCAGGUCUACGCCAAGGACUUCAGUCGGCGCAUCGUCGAUGCGUUCGAGGAGGUGCGCAACAAGAGCUACCAGGCCAUGGCGGCGGACGUCGACGACGAGGACGACGAGGCACCCGAGGAGGAGCCCAUGGGCUCCAGAGCGAUCUCGUUCGGGGAGAAGGCUGGCCUUCUGCCGCUGGAGGUUCGAUCUCACCUUCGACGCCUUCACCAGGACCUCGGGCAUCCCUCGAACGACGACCUGGCCAGGAACCUGAGGCUCAACGGCGCGGACGAUGCCCUCGUCCGCGGCGCCAAGCACCUGCGCUGUGCUACGUGCAACAGGACCAAGCCUGCUGCGGGAUCUCAUCGAGUCUCUCGCCUGUCGCCCGUCGGCGGUUUCAAUGACGAGCUGGGCGUCGACGGCCUCUACCUUCGGAGCGCGCACGGGAAGCCCUACCUGUUCCUGUCGCUCGUCGAGGCCUCAACGACGCACCACGUCGCGCGCUACCUGAAGAACAGGAAGCCAGCCACCGUGGCUAAGGUCUUCCGAGAGCUGUGGCCGGCUGGACCGCCUAGCGUGGUCAGGCUCGACCCAGACGGCAUGUUCUACACCGAGCUUCAGGAGGCCAUGGACAUGAUGGGGAUCCGCGUCAAGGCCGUGGCGGGCCAGGCGCAGUGGCAGAACGGCCGCGCUGAGCGGCAUGGCGGCUGGCUCAAGCUCAUGGUCAACCGCGUCGUCGAGCACAAGUCAGUCACGAGCCGCGGUGACCUUGACACCGCCGUCUGGAAGACCUGCCAGGCCAAAAACGACAUGCGUCGGAUCUGCGGCUUUUCACCGUCGCAAUGGGUGUGCGGAUGCUCGCCUACCAUGUCCGCCGACCUGAUCGAUCGGCCUGGCCAGAUUGCAGAGCACAGCAUGCAUCACGUGUCCACGGAGCUCGCCAGGAGGAUGGCUAUCCGCACGGCUGCGCGGACGGCCUUCGUGGAGCUGCAGAAUAGUCAAGCGCUCCGCCGAACACUCUUGCGGAAGCCGAGGGUCGCCCGCAUCAACUACCAGAACGGGGACCUGGCGUUCUACUGGCGGCUGCGCAAGGGGACGAAGCUCCACGAGUGGCGAGGCCCAGCCGUCGUCAUCAGCCCGGCGGGAGCGUCCAACUUUUGGCUCUCGCAUGGUGCUGGGACAGUUCAAGUUUCUCACGAGCAGCUCCGACCCGCUGAGGAUGGGGAGAUCUGGUGGCCCGGUCAGGGCGACGAUCCCAACGUCGAGGAGCUGAACGAACUCAUCCGCCAGGUCGAGAAGGAGGACCAGCCAGAGUACGAAGACGACCGAGGGCUGGGACCGCGUGAAGCGGAAGAGAAGGCCCAACCUCUACAGCGGAGAGAAGGCCAGGACCUCGGGGACACCCUCGAGGAGCGAGCGAGAGAGUUGGAGCUGGAGAUCGAGGAGAUCGAGAGGGACAAGCGCCCGGCUGACGCUGCCGAGCGCCUGGGGGACGAGCCGCCCCGCAAGCGGCAGGAGGCAGCUGCGCCAUCGGGGCCCGCGUCGUCGACCCGCGCGGGGCCUCCCGCGUCGACAGCGACGCCCUCUCAGCCAGCUCUACCCGAACAAGGAGUUCCAUACGCGAAGGAGGAGUUCAAGAAGCGUCGGGCGGCUUUACAAGCCCGGCAGAUCCAGGCGUUCCGUCCGUUCCCCGUCGGACCGCUUCAGCACCCAGGCGAUCAUCCAGAACAACCCGUUCACUUCGCAAAUUUCAGUUUCGGCCUGAUCGCGAAGCGGAGCUGGAACACGACUAGGCUGCAACGUCGAGCGCUGGAAAAGGAGAUGCCAUGGGACAUGAUUCCAGCCAGCGACCGCCCCCUCUAUCGCGAGGCGGCCGAGUUGCAGUGGAAGCAGUGGGAGAACUACGACGCCGUCGAGCCGCUCUCAGUCGAAGAAAGUCAGAAGGUUCGUGAGCGAGUCCACCAGAGCCGCAUCUUGACGUCGAGGUUCCCCUACUGGAAAAAGAACGCUGAAGUCAAGGACGCGCCGCCCAAGCCGAAGGCUCGGCUGUGCUGUGGUGGCCACAACGACCCGGACCUCGCGAUGGGGCUCAGGGCCGACGCACCGACCGUGUCGAGGCAUUCGGUGCUCACCUUCCUGGCAGUGGCGGCGGCGUACGAUUUCGAUAUCGUGGCCGGCGACAUCGAGUGUGCCUUCAUGCAGGGCGAGGAGCACGGGCGCGCCGAGGAGCUCUACAUGUCUCAGCCCAAGGAGGGCCUGCCGAACAUGGACCCUCGGUGCCUCCUGAAGGUCAAGAAGGGCAUCUUCGGGCUUGCGGAUGCGCCGCGGCUGUGGUGGCGACGUCUGCGUCGGGGCCUGGUCGAGGCGGACUUGAAGGACGAGGAUGUCAAGCCCAUCCUCAUGAUGCAGUCCCGGCUCGACCCGACGGUGUUCCGCGGCUUCAGCGAGGACGGCAGGCUGUGUAUCUUGGUCUGCGUACAUGCUGACGAUCUCCUCGUAGCCACGAAGUCGCAGGCCCGACGUCAGGGAGUUCGAGGUCUCUUCAACUUCGGCGAGUGGCGUCACGUGCCUGUGGUGUUCUGCGGGAAGCUGCUGCAGGCGGACCCAGAAGGAGGUUUCCUGCUGGACCAGUCGACCUUCAUCGAGGGCAGGCUCGAGCCGAUCGAGAUCGACAAGGCCCGGAAGCGUGAUCCGAGCCUGGAGUGUAAUGCCCGCGAGAUCGCGGACAAUCGCAGUGCAGUCGGCAGUUUGGGAUGCGCAAGCAGAAUGCCCCCCUGCAUCCAAGACCUGCUGGACGUCAAUAAGGUCAUCGGAGUGCUGCAGAGCUCGGCCAGCGAGAAGUUUCACAUCCCCAAGCUGGACGUGGAGUCCCCGUGGUGCCUGAUAGUCUACCACGACGCUGCAUGGGGAAACGCACUCACCGAGGAUGAGGCCCUACGCCGGAUCGCUCAAGGGGAGAAGGUCCACUCGCAGGCGGGGUACCUGGUCUACCUGUGCGAGCGUGCAGUUGCUGAAGGACGCCCGGGAAAGGCGACCCAAGUGAAUUGGAGAAGCCACACGCUGCCGCGCGUGGCUAGGAGUACCUUCGCUGCCGAGACUCAGAGUUGUACCGAGGCGUUUGACUCAGCAGAGUUUGUGCGCGCUGUGAUACUCGAGAUGAUGUGUGCCGACCUAGAUGUGACCAACCAUGAGAUGCUAGCCAACAUUCGUAUGCUCCCGAUCACGUGUGCGGCGGAUUGCAAGUCGCUGUGUGACACCCUCCAGCGGGGCGCCGGUAAGCUCCCGCAGGAGAAGCGCCUGACCGUGGAUCUGGCUUGGCUGCGUGAGGCCAUGCAGCAGGAGGCCGCCGUGGACCCCCGCGAGAGUAGGAACGUGGCAGAUGUGCCGAUGCGGUGGGCCCCCACAGCUUAUAUGUUGGCCGACGUUCGCACUAAGACGAUGGAUUUGACAG